AUGUACCAUAGCCCUGGCCGCGGUGGUUCACUCGCCUCCACCGGCGUCCUCCAAUCAGUCUACGCCCUUUGCUUCCUCCCCGAAUCGCCGACCGCGUUGGAUCCCAGGAUCCAGACUAGCCAUGUGGAUGUGACGUUAGAUAGCGAGACCCUGGUGCGUCAUGGUCGACCAGAGAUACACCACCCUCGUCGGGGUCCUCCGUGA